GCCGGCCCGCCCGCCUGCCCGCCGGCCCCUGGCAGCACUCGCUAGCAGCGGCGCCGCGGCCGGCGGCCGAGUGGGGAGAAUGCGGCGGCGCUCGCGGAUGCUGCUCUGCUUCGCCUUCCUGUGGGUGCUGGGCAUCGCCUACUACAUGUACUCCGGGGGCGGCUCCGCGCUGGCCGCGGGCGCGAGCGGCGGUGCGGGCAGGAAGGAGGACUGGAAUGAGAUCGACCCGAUUAAGAAGAAAGACCUGCACCACAGCCACGGGGACGAGAAAGCGCAGAGCAUGGAGACCCUCCCUCCAGGGAAGGUGCGAUGGCGGGACUUCAACCAGGAAGCCUACGUUGGAGGGACCAUGGUCCGCUCCGGGCAGGACCCCUACGCCCGCAACAAGUUCAACCAAGUGGAGAGCGAUAAGCUGCGGAUGGACAGAGCCAUACCUGACACCAGGCACGACCAGUGUCAGCGGAAGCAGUGGCGGGUGGAUCUGCCGGCCACCAGCGUGGUGAUCACGUUCCACAAUGAAGCCAGGUCGGCCUUGCUGAGGACAGUGGUCAGCGUGCUGAAGAAGAGCCCGCCCCACCUCAUAAAAGAAAUCAUCCUGGUGGACGAUUACAGCAACGACGCGGAGGACGGGGCGCUCUUGGGGAAAAUCGAAAAAGUGCGGGUUCUCAGAAAUGACCGGCGAGAAGGCCUGAUGCGCUCGCGGGUCCGGGGCGCUGACGCGGCCCAGGCCCGGGUCCUGACGUUCCUGGACAGCCACUGUGAGUGCAACGAGCACUGGCUGGAGCCGCUGCUGGAGCGGGUGGCCGAGGACAGGACCCGGGUCGUGUCGCCCAUCAUCGACGUCAUCAACAUGGACAACUUCCAGUACGUGGGGGCGUCCGCCGACCUGAAAGGCGGUUUCGACUGGAACUUGGUGUUCAAGUGGGAUUACAUGACGCCCGAGCAGAGGAGGGCCCGGCAGGGGAACCCCGUCGCCCCCAUAAAAACGCCCAUGAUUGCUGGAGGGCUGUUUGUGAUGGAUAAGUCCUACUUUGAAGAGCUGGGGAAGUACGACAUGAUGAUGGACGUGUGGGGCGGUGAGAACCUGGAGAUCUCCUUCCGCGUGUGGCAGUGCGGCGGCAGCCUGGAGAUCAUCCCCUGCAGCCGCGUGGGGCACGUGUUCCGGAAGCAGCACCCCUACACUUUCCCCGGGGGCAGCGGCACCGUCUUUGCCCGUAACACCCGCCGGGCAGCAGAGGUCUGGAUGGACGAGUACAAGAAUUUCUACUACGCAGCAGUGCCUUCCGCCAGAAACGUCCCUUACGGCAAUAUUCAGAGCCGCCUGGAGCUUCGGAAGAAACUCAGCUGCAAGCCGUUCAAGUGGUACCUUGAGAACGUCUACCCGGAGCUGAGGGUUCCCGACCAUCAGGAUAUCGCUUUUGGGGCCUUGCAGCAGGGAACCAACUGCCUCGACACUUUGGGACAUUUUGCUGACGGCGUCGUUGGAGUUUACGAAUGUCACAAUGCCGGGGGGAACCAGGAGUGGGCUCUGACCAAGGAGAAGUCGGUGAAGCACAUGGACUUGUGCCUGACCGUGGUGGACCGGGCGCCCGGCUCGCUCAUAAAGCUGCAGGGCUGCCGAGAAAAUGACAGCAGACAGAAGUGGGAGCAGAUCGAGGGCAACUCCAAGCUGCGGCACGUGGGCAGCAACCUGUGCCUGGACAGCCGCGCGGCCAAGGCGGGCGGCCUGAGCGUGGAGGUGUGCGGCCCCGCGCUGUCCCAGCAGUGGAAGUUCUCGCUCAACCUGCAGCAGUAGCGGCGCCGCGGCCGCGGCCGUCUCCCGCCCCGCGGGCCGCGCCCGAUGGCCGGUCACCUCGUCGAUGGUGUUUCUCGAACUUUCCGCGAAACUAUAUACCUCAGUAUUCCAUCAAGGUCUGAAGGUCGGAGCACUGCCGCCAGGCCCGGGGGCUGGGCGGACGCGGGCGUGGGGCGUGGCCAGGACGGAGAACUGCUCCCCUCCGCAAGUCGCAGACGCGGCCAGGCCCCCUUUCCGGAGGCCACGGCCGCCCGUCCCUCCCAGCUUCCUCCCGGGCCUUGCUCAGACUGAGGGGCGCCCCCAGGACCACGGAGGCGAGCGGCCAGGGGACCCGGAGGGGGAAGGGGCACGGUUGCAGCUCCGUUGCCUGCCCGUGGCGGUCGUGCGUGGCGCCUGCACCACCGGCCGCCGCUCGUCCUGCAGGCUCCUGCCUUCCUCCCCGCCCCCCGGCGGCCAGCCACAGGCCCCUCCGCACGGCGCCCUCGCUGUGCUCGAAUCGGAACUUCUCCGUGGUGGGACACUACAUAUAGAUACACAUAAAGAGCGAGCGUGCGGUCAUCCCCUAUGGUUUCCGUAGGUCGUCCUCAUCUGUAAAUUCUCCACGAAGCAGCGCGAGGCCGUGCGGAGGAGGAAGAGGAGGAGUGGCCUGUGCCCCCGGGGGUGGCCCCAGCCGUGUGUGCGGCCGCCCCGCCCCCGGCCCGCUGGGGGCCUUGCUGGACGGCUCCCCUCUGGUUGGCUUUCGCGUGGGAGUCGGUCACUGCUGUGUGUCGGAAUCCACUCUCUGUGCCCUUGGUAGCUGUAAACCUGGACAGGUUGCUUAUUUUGACACAUACUGCUUUAGGUCUUUUUAAAUUAAAUUUCUUUUCUCUAAGGAAAAACAAACAAAACAGUCCCAUAGCUCCCAGUGGCUGUCAGAAGCCGUCACAGGCUGGCACCAGGCUGCUCGUGCGGGUCCCGCUGCGCCAGCGACACCGUCGAGGGGCCCAGGCCCUGGAACCGGCCCUGCCUGUUCUGCCCCAGCCCCCCCCCACCUUGGGGCGCCGCCGGAGCACCGGCCGAGCACCAGGAAGGGUGGGAGCCAGCACUGCCAGCCCGUGGGCGCCGGGGCCUCAGGCCUGGACAGCAGCCUGUGGCUGAGGAAGCAGCAGUCGGCGUGAGCCACGGACAGUUACGGACUGAAAGUAACAACCAGAGGAGAUGCUUGCGUGUCCGCCUGCGUGUCCAGCCGUGUUCCCGCGGAGCCCUCCUUGCCUUGGGGGUGUCCCCACGUGCAGUGACCGGCCCCUGCAGCAGGGCUCCGUGGUCGUUCUGGCCACUGCCCUCCUUCACGCGCCCCCUCUGCCCGGCCCUCCCGCACAUGCCCAGUCUCCAAGAGGCUGGCCGCACAGGGCUGGCCGCACUGGCAGCCCACGAGCUCCCACGUGGUGGGGCCUGUGUGCCAAGUGCAUCUUCAGGCCCUUUGGAGGCCCGGGAAGGUCGCAGGGUGAGAAGGGGUCCCGGAGACCCCGCUGGGCUGACACUGCCCAUGCCACCCGGUCCUGCGUGGAAUACCCGUUGAGGAAAGGGGAUGCUGUUGCUCCUCCUUCCUCUGCCUGCGUUUGCUUCACUGCGGUGGGGGCAGGGACAGAGCGUGGCUCAGCGCCUCUGUCCUCUGUCCUCAUGUGUCGUGCCCCCGGCCGAGCAACCAGAGGCCUGCCAGCGGCUGGGGAGGCCGGGCUGGACGAACUCACACCGUGACGUCCUCAGAGGCUGUGCUGGACGGCGCCUCGGCCCCUGGCAGAGGCUCGGGCGCCCGUGCGAGGCUGUUGAAUCCAGGCAGGGCCAGAGCCAGGCGCUGCCAGAGCCCUCGGCCCGGCACCCGGCCUCUGUCGUCGGGCUUGUCCCCUGUGAGCCGUGACUGCUGCAAGAGAACCCCGCUAACGGAAAACAAAUUGUAAUCAGUCCCGACGGUCCCCUGCCCACACCCCCACCCCGCCCAGCCGUCUCGCCAGCCCUGUUCCACCGGGACUGGCCCUGCCUGUCCCUGAGCCGGCAGGGGCCGCGGCCCCGGGCAGCGUGGGGGCCGAGAGCAGAUGUGGGCUGGGCGGGCUCCCGCGAGGCUAGCCAUGUUUACAUGACACAGUGUGUGCCAAAGUGACUUACUGUGGUUGCGUUAUUUUGUAGUCACCGGCCCGCCCCGCCCUCCCACUCCAUUUUUACAAGCGCACACCCUUUCCCCGAGAGCCCCCCCCGAGCACCGUGCGGCAAAACCGCCGUCCUCCCGGCGGCGGCCCUUCUCGUGUCUCCACAAGCGCUGAGAUGAUGGCAUCUGUGAGUACGUUUUGCAAAUUCAAAAUAUAGUUUGGUAAUUUUUUUUCCAGUUGAUUUUUUAAAAGAACUGCUGUACAGAGCUUGUACUUUGUCCAUUUUAUAGAUGGAAACCAUCCUUGAAAAAUUGUUUAACUUAAAUAAAGAGAAGAUACUUUAUAGAUAA